AUAGUGCUCAAUUUGACACAUUAGAAGUGUUCAUCAGUUAAUCCAAACCGUCAAUAUGCGUCAUAAUUUUUUUUCACUGUGUAUCAGUCGACUUAGCUAUUUUGCUUUUCACAUAAAUACGAAUAAAGUCAUGUUUUCUGAGAGUGACAUCAAUUUCCAGCAUUUAUUUUAUCAGUGAGUGAAUUAUAAAAAAAUUCAAAAAUUACAGCGAUACAAAGCGAAAGAGACUCAUAGAAAGUGAUUUAAAAAAAGACACAUUUCAACAACUCCCCUUUUUUCGUCAAUCUCCAUCUAUUUGCCAGUGUAGAUUAAAUUAAAUUCUUUAUUGUGAUUUUUUUAAAAAUCAUUUGGAAAGAGAGUGAAACCAGCAAACAACGCGAAAGAAAAAAAGUUCUAAAGAUGGCUACUAGAGAUGACGAAUACGAUUACUUGUUCAAAGUAGUAUUAAUUGGUGAUUCGGGCGUUGGUAAAAGUAAUUUACUAUCACGAUUCACACAAAAUGAAUUCAAUUUGGAAUCGAAAUCAACAAUUGGAAUAGAUUUUGCAGCACGCAGCAUUGAAUUCGAUGGCAAAACAAUAAAAGCCCAAAUUUGGGACACGGCUGGUCAAGAACGAUAUCGAGCAAUUACAUCAGCAUAUUAUCGUGGUGCGGUUGGCGCAUUAUUAGUCUAUGAUAUCGCAAAACCUUUCACAUACAAAAAUGUUGAACGAUGGUUGAGCGAAUUGCGUGAUCAUGCCGAUCAAAACAUAGUCAUCAUGUUGGUUGGUAAUAAAAGCGAUUUAAGGCAUUUACGUUCGGUACCAACGGAAGAGCCAAAGUCAUUUGCCGAACGAAAUGGUUUGAAUUUCAUCGAAACAUCGGCCCUUGAUUCAACGAAUGUUGAGGCUGCGUUCCAGAAUAUACUCACCGAAAUUUAUCAUAUUGUGCAAAAACAAGCCCAUAAUCCGCCCGAAGGCGUUGUGAUCCCUUCAACGGUUGAAACCAUCGAUAGGAAGCCUGUAUUAACCGAAUCAGUGCGCAGAAAAUGUUGUCAGUGACUUCUAUUGAAUGUAUAAUAAACGAUAAUGAUUUAUUUUUUA